AUGGCAGGUCAAUUUUCUAAGAAGAGUUCUGGCUACGGUGGUUUCUACGGAAAGUCCGCUCGUGAUGAUCCCAGAGUUUCAAAUCUGUACAAUGAGGAGGACUUAGACGAAAGUUCUGUUGGCCUUGAAGAUGAAGAUUUUGGAACCGAAAGAACAUCUGGCUAUGCAACUCGCGCGUCUGGUCCCGUAGAUGACUAUGGAGUUGAAAACGUUUUGGGCGAUGAAGGAUAUGAAGACGAAGACUCACUCGAUACCGGUGAUUUCGCACAAGAAGAGUCUUCACGGGGUAAGAAUCUUGGCAAUGUACGCGGAGGAUAUAAAGCCACUUUGCAUAACCCCAAUAUUUCCGAAGGUGCCAAAAAACAUGCCCAUGAAGUAUUAGAUGAAUUGGAUGACGAGACGCAAGAUUAUUAG